AGAGCAUCCGCCCAGCCUCCCCCAACAUCAGGACUCCGCUCAGCUCAGCCACUGCGCUCCUCCGGGAGGGAGGCUGGAUGGAAGGGGUGGAACAGCACUGGCGCAGCGGCUGGGGCUGGAGGGCAGGCUGCGGGCAUUGGUCCGGCGGCCACAGGAGCCACCGGGAGUCGCGGGGCAAGCACGGGGAGGGGAGCGGCCCCCUACACCUGCCGGGCCAGUGCGGGGUGGGAAGCGGCCCCCUGCGGCUGCCCCAGGCGCAUCUCUCUCUGCCCCGCCCCUGUGUGUCCAGGGCCAGCGGCACCAUGAGGCAGGCGGGACGCGCGGCGCUGCUGGCUGUGCUGCUGCUCCUAGUGCAUCUCCGCGCUGGGAGCAGCCAGAGGAGCCCCGAGGCGGCCGGGGUCCAGGACCCCAGUCUGCGCUGGAACCCUGGGGCGCGGAACCAGGGCGGCGGGGCCCGAGCCCUCCUCUUGCUGCUGGCGGAGCGCUUCCCGCGCCUCGCGGGACCCGGAAUGACAGGGGAGCGGCCGCGGCGGGAGAACCCUCCUCUGUCCAUUGACCUCACCUUUCACCUGCUGCGGACCCUGCUGGAGCUGGCGCGGACGCAGAGCCAGCGGGAGCGCGCCGAGCAGAACCGUAUCAUAUUCGACUCGGUGGGCAAGUGAUAGGCCUGAUUUGGGGCCGCGAAAACUUUGACCCCUUUUCCCCACCUCAGGGUUGGGACGCGGAGCAGAGCCACCAGGGCAUUCUCUGCGUGGCUAUUUUUUAAUAAAAGUGCUGAAGAGC